AUGACAACUUCGAAGCGCCUCAAGGUGCGCAAAAAGCUGACAGGUGUUGAUUCACCGCAAACUCCGAGACCUCUCAGGACGCGUUACACGGAGCUGGUGACAGCUUCUUUCACAAUCCCUGCUUCUGUCGCCACCGCUGUGCAGCCAAUCGUCGAUGCCUUCCUCCUCCAGCCUGCCACGUGGCAAUCCGCUCUCCUUGUCACGUCCACAAUUUUUGGCGCUGGGCUGCCCGCACUGCUCGCUGGGCUGACGGUGCCAGGGAUUCUGUCCGCGUUCCUCCUGGGUGUGACUGUAUGGAGGGCGUUCUACUGGCCGGGCUUCCUCAUUGUCUGCCUGUACUUCAUUCUCGGGACACUAGUAACGAAGGUGAAGCUGAAGCAGAAGCAGCAGGAAGGGAUAGCGGAGAAGCGGAGCGGGAGGAGGGGGCCAUGGAGCGUGGUGGGGUCGGCUGCGGCUGCGGUGGUGUGCUGCCUGGGAGCCAUUGCUGCUGCAGGAGGGGGAGGUGUUGCAGGGAUGGAAGGGGUGGUGCUGCCGAGUGUGGAGGUGUGGCAACUGGGUUAUGUGGCCAGCUUUGCUACCAAGUUGUCAGACACUGCUGGGAGCGAGAUUGGCAAGGCGUUCGGCAAGCGCACUUUCCUGGUGACUUCCUUCCAGCCGGUUCCCAGAGGCACAGAGGGUGCAGUGAGUCUCGAGGGAACGUUGGCAGGUCUGGUAGCUGCUGUCGUGCUCUCCGCUGUUGCUCUUCUCACCAGCCAAGUGAGCAUUGUUGGAGCCCUCUUCUGUGUGCUGGCAUCACAAAUUGCGAAUUUCGGAGAGAGUUAUGUGGGGGCUACACUCCAAGACAAGCCCGGUUACGAAUGGAUGACAAAUGACAUCGUGAAUGUCAUCAAUAUCUCUAUUGGGGCUUUGAUAGCCAUGGCCCUUGCUCAAGCAAGCGCGGAAGGCGUGGCAUUCAAGACUCUGCAGUCGUCCUUCGCGUCUCUAGAUGCGGACUUUUUCUCCGCGCUCCCUCGGGACCUCCAAGUGGAUCUCCAGGACGCCGCGUUUGACCUCACCAACGGGAAUGUCGCUGCAGAGUGCGGCCCAGCAGUGUCAGCAGCCCUCACCGCCCUCACAGCGGCCCUCACGGCCUCAGAGGGCGCUCCUGCUGCUGCUGCUGCCGCUGUCGCUGGGCUGAAGGAUGCUGCUGCGAAGCUUCCCCCUGGAGGGAGAGAACGGGCAGUGCUGGGCAGGAGGCUGAGAGCAGCAGGCAGGCGAUUCACAGGCAUGGGGGCAUACGCACAGGGCAAGGCCGCUCAGCUUGGCAAGGCCCUCACAGCGGCAGGGGAGGCUGUCUCUGUCGGGUGCACUGACGAUGGCGCCUCCGAUUUCAACCCUGUUAGAACCCUCACGCUCGGGCCCCUAACAGUGGACGUCACGUCCUCCAAAGCACUUACAGGCGCUGCCGUUGCUGUAGUGUUUGGGGUGGUGAGCUGGGCGCUGGUGUCAGGGCUACAAGCAGUUGAUGAGAGCUCCCUGGCCUAUGCCAAUGACAACGCUCUCGCCCUCGCCCUCGUGAGUCUGGGAUAA